GACAUAUGGAGCAAUCUUAGCAAUAGCCGUCAAUCCAAAUGAAAUUCGAGUUCAGAGCUGAAACCUCGCCGACAAGCCAAACUUUCGACCGAUGCUGACGAGGAUGACCAAAUGCGCCAGCCCUUCCGCCGAGCCUCCUUCUACGUGAACCUACUGCUGCUAACCGAGGCCGUGAUCGGACUGCUGAUCCUGGCGGCGACCGCCUACUACCACGCCCUGUUCACCGGCUAUCUGUCGGAGAUCGAGUGCCGCCUGGUCUGCGGCUACCUGUCGGCAAUCUACGUGUUCGGGGCCCAACUGCUGGUCACCUUCCUCUGCAGCAUCGCCAUGUGGCGGCGGAUCUGGAGGCGGCGCUGUUCGCCCAACGUCCGCCUUCUGCUGUCCAUGUGGGGCUUUUACUCCUGCAUUAUCAUUGCCUCCGGCUUCGGGUGCAUCUGGAGCCUGUACCGGGGCAUCGAUGUGCUGGAGAACGCGGCGGAGACCUCGCUGAGUCGCGGCAUCGACAUGUACUACUCGUGUCCGGAGUGGAAGCUCCUGUGGGACGAACUGCAGUGGCGCAAGGAGUGCUGCGGGGUGCAUGGCUACAGGGAUUGGAUGGCCGCCGACUGGAUGCCGCGGCUGGAGGACAACUACUCGUCCACAGUCCUGGCCCCGUACGCCUGCUGCAGGCAAUCAUGCGAGAGCUGCUUCAGCAACUUCUUGCUCGGCGAGGGGCAGUCCAUCGGAGGCGACAGCCGGCAGCCCUUUCCCGCCCUCACCGUGGACGCCAUCCAUGCGAACGGAUGUCUGCCGGCGUUCGUCGAUGCGGUGUGGAGCCUCUUCUACGUCCUGCUGGCGCUAUGGGUCCUGGCCCUGAAGUUCCUGAUCGUGCUCUGUUGUAUGACCAAGUUCAUACUUCACCGGCAGAAUGAGGCCGAUGGCUGCGAUAAUGUGGCACUCACAGACGAGGAAGGGCAUCCGCUGGUCGUGGUGAAAUAUCCCUCUAAUGUGCGUUGUGUGACUAUUGGCGAGGACGAUCUGGGCUCCGACAUCGCUCAUGAUGUCAAUUACUGCCAUUGCACCGAAUUGGAUAACGAACAAUGUGGUCAUUAGGCUGUUCCUUUGUUUCGAAUUUGUUUUUAUAUUUUUUAUUGAUUUUGAAUUGAACCUAAUAUACGCAUUUGGGUUUGUUCGAUUUA